AGAAAUGUAAGAACAUCAAGUUUUUCUCAUCAAAGAAUAUGCUAGAGCACAUUUUGCGGUUUGGAUUCACCCUCAAUUAUUUUAAUUGGGUAUGUCACAGGGAGAAUCAUGGUGACUACGUACCUCCACAACGUUGUAAAGUCCCUCGUCAAGCUGAUGCCUCAGAUGUAUCAUAGGUCCCGGGUAGAGAACAGUUUGUACACAUGAUUUAUGAUGCAGUCGGCCCGACUAGGACCAACUCUGUUCUUGAAGAAGAGCCGAAUUCGACAGACAAGCAAUUCUUCGAAAUGUUGAAAGCUGCUGAUACAGAUCUUUGGCCGGGGAGUUCUAAGACGUCUCAGUUGUCUGCAGUUGCACGCUUGUUGAAUAUUAAGUCAGAGCAUAAUCUAUCCGAGCGUUGUUACGACACCAUAUGUCAAUACAUCAAAGACAUUCUUCUAGAGGACAACUCAAUGGCACAAUUCUUCAAACUGCGCGAGGAGGCUAGGCAAAAUGGACUUAAAGUCAUCGACGAAGAAAUAUGGUACUCGGUAGUCGAGGGCCAUAACGCAAAGAACCGUGUUCCUGGAGUUGGUGACUAUGCACGAGAAAUGAAGAAGGUCAAUCCAUCCUCCAAACCUCGCCGUUCCAGCACUAGUAGCAGCAGCGCGGUGGAGAUGGCAGCACUUAAAGAGCAAAACCAAAGGCUGCAGGAACAACUUGAUAAUCUAACCUCAAACUUGUCGCUGACGAUUCAGGAGGAAAUAAGGAAGUUAUAUGGUGGUAAUCUUCCUCCACGAGGCAAUGACGAUGGAAUGGGAGGGGCGGGACAGCCCGGGAUUUGUUGACAUCUUUGACAUUUGAAACAAGCACUUUAAUAUUUCGUGUUUUUACAAGAUUGUGAAUUAUGUUACAUUUGCACGUGAAGGUUUAAUUAAUCUCGUUUUGAAUCAUAUAUUCCAUAUUGAAAUUUUGUUUAGAAUUAUGCGUGUGAAAUUUGAAUGUGUUGCCCCUGCUACUGCCUAAAAACAGAAAAAAUAGUAAAUGCUGGUGCUGUGA